CUGUGAUAGUUUGCAUACCUACCUACAUAUGCACCAUCGAAGCCCGAGAUCUCGUGCAAUUUAUUCUCAACACUUCAGUUCCAUCCAUGUGAUCUAGACCCGGGAAACCCACCAGCAGAAACAGACGCAUAACCCUAACCCAGCUUUGGUGUUAUGAAGGUCUGAGAGCCACCUACCUAGAGCUAGGUCGACUCGCAACCCCAGGUUUCAGUGUCUUUUCCUACUCACAAACAGUCCUCUAGCCGAGAGGAACCUCAACACAUCCUCCUGUGCUGCAAUCCAUCUCCAUCAUGUCGAGGCUUUUCCGCAGCCAACGUUCUCGGCCGCUGCCCUCUCAAGACCACCACUCUGCUUACUUGUCACUUCUGGAACCUCCUGCUUCGACACAACAACAGCCCAGCAGCGGACGAGCAUGGCACAGACCGUCACCCUCCGACCAUCUCUCAAGGCCAUGGCUGACCGCGGCCGAAAGCCGGAGAUCUUCAACCGGAGAACGGGUGCCGACCCGGAAGCUGGUCAAGGAUAUGAACGGGUCAGGUCGGCCGUCCUUCUCGCUUGAGCUCUCCGAUACCGAUGCCGAGAAGGAGAAGAGUAUCGUGAGGCGGCAAAUUGCUAAGCUGAAGGAGCUCUAUCGGAGAGAGAAGUGAUGGGGGUUACCCCUAACUCCUACCUAGAGCCGUAAGUGGGGGUUGACACUACCCCGCCGGGUCUACAAGGGUCUCGAACUCCUGCCUGGACGAUUUCCAGUCGGUUUCGCUGGAGAGAGUCCUCGCCCUGUCGGUGAAUACCCGAUAUGAUCAUCUGGCAAUGUUCACGCGAAUCGAACGGCG